CGAGACACCCAUAUCCACAUUAAUUUUCUUUAAAAAAGAUGUCAAUUUUCUAACCUAGGAAGUCAUGCUAUUAUCUUUCAACUUUGUUUCCAUCAUCUUUUCAAUCCAUUAAAAAAAAUGAUCACCGGUUCGAAGUUUUUCGGCGGCCGCUAUAUCCUCGCUCUUACAGCCGCUGUACCGUGCUGUCUGUUUGCCAAACACGUAUGGGAUAUUUACGCCCGUAUUCGCCCGGUGGAAAAGCGCCGCAUCACCAUCACAGGCGGAAUCUCGAAUAACUUCAAGGAAUCUCAUAGUCUCAAGGGAUUAGUGAAUCCGAGAGACCAUGUUAUUCUUGGAGACGCAUAUCUUAUGGACUUGCCCCUCCCACAAAACAUUGCUGCGGAAGACGCGACAGACGAGAUAUUGUUGGCAGCUUUUGUGAGGGGAUAUUUUGCGGGCAAAGUCUUUGCAAUCGAAAGAAACUUGCUGCAAAUUGCGCGAGUAACAUUUGUGUCCUAUUCUGGCCUUGGCUUGGCCACCGCCAAGACACCACUGUGGGAAACAUCGGCGCUGUCACCAACCUCUCUCCCAUCGAUGCACUCUAUACUUUUCGGUGCAUUCCAGGUCAGCCAUAUCGAAUUGCAGGACUCUAGCGAUCUUGUUCGAAUACAAGAGAAAAGGGAAAGCAGUAUCGAUUUUGUGUUUGGCGCCGACGAUACUCAUUUUGCAGGCGCUCAUAGGUUUAGCAUCGCCCGAAAUCAAGAGCGCACCGGAGAGGUCAGAAUUCUUUAUGAGCAUAUGGCGUGCAAUCCAACUAUCAACCAACCUCUCAAGCCGGAUUUCUUGUUUCUCUUUCACACCUUUUACGCCAUGCUGUUAUUCCAGGAGGGGCUGGCUGAGGUGAUGCAAGUUUUGGAAAGAGGCCCACAAAGGCAAUGAGCGCAGCAAAACAGGAACUGAGGAUUCAUAAGCCUGUUCUCUUUUGAUGUACUACUAGGAUCGAGUUGUUGAUAAGUCCGCUACACUUUCUAAACACACUCAGCAAAACUAAAAAUAGCUUUUCCUUUCACUCUUAGUAUUGCGUCGAUGCAUUGCUAGCACCUAGUUUAUCGAAGUCCGCAAUUUCCAUCCGUAUUCAGGGAAUACCAACUUGUAGCCAGCCACAGAACUUAGAAGGCAAAGGUACUGGAAAUACAAAGCAACCUUUCUGACGUGAGCUUAGUUACCACUAAAAUUUUGUAACAAAGAACUCGUUGCAGAAUGUGGAGGAGACAGAUCUCGGCAAUAAAUAUGCUACAAUAAUACUUCGGAAGCCAACGCAUAUUAAUAAAUCAACAUGACACGUUGA